GCACAUAUAUAGAGGGUUAGAAAGACAAUUUUCCCACUCUCUCUCUCUUCCCCUCAAAGCAGCCUUUGGUCAGUUGGUGGUACCGUGGUAGGUGUUGAAAAAGAAGGUAAUCCUUUAUAAUCCAACAAAUUAGUCUCAACACCCAGAUCUCAAAAUUGAUCUGGGCUUGUAUCAGAUUCAAGAUUCGCAGUUCUGAAAAGAAAAGAAAUGACUACCCCAACAAGAAUUGGUCUAGCUGGCCUUGCUGUCAUGGGCCAAAACCUCGCUCUCAACAUUGCUGAGAAAGGAUUCCCUAUUUCCGUCUACAACCGGACCACUUCAAAAGUUGACGAGACAGUUGAACGAGCCAAAAAGGAAGGAAACCUUCCCGUUUUCGGCUUUCACGAUCCUGAAUCCUUUGUUCACUCAAUCCAGAAACCCCGUGUCAUAAUAAUGCUGGUUAAGGCCGGUGCACCUGUUGAUCAAACCAUCAAAACCCUUUCUGUUUACAUGGAGAAAGGAGAUUGUAUCAUUGAUGGCGGAAAUGAAUGGUACGAGAACACUGAGAGGAGAGAGAAGGCCAUGGCUGAGUUGGGUCUGCUUUAUCUUGGAAUGGGGGUUUCAGGUGGUGAGGAGGGUGCUCGGAACGGGCCCUCUUUGAUGCCUGGUGGUUCCUUUGAGGCAUACAAGCACAUAGAAGAUAUCCUUCUUAAGGUAGCUGCCCAGGUUCCAGACAGUGGCCCUUGUGUUACUUACAUAGGGAAAGGUGGGUCCGGCAAUUUUGUUAAGAUGAUUCACAACGGGAUUGAAUAUGGAGACAUGCAGCUGAUUGCGGAGGCCUAUGAUGUGCUGAAAUCAGUUGGAAAGCUCUCUAAUGAGGAAUUACACAAGGUUUUCUCAGAGUGGAACAAGGGGGAACUGCUGAGCUUCUUGAUUGAGAUCACCGCGGAUAUUUUUAAGAUUAAGGAUGAUAAGGGAGAUGGUUAUUUGGUGGACAAGGUUCUGGAUAAAACUGGGAUGAAGGGUACUGGCAAAUGGACAGUCCAGCAAGCUGCUGAGCUGUCAAUUGCUGCACCCACCAUUGCUUCGUCUUUGGAUUCAAGAUUCCUAAGUGGGUUGAAAGAAGAAAGAGUAGAAGCAGCCAAGGUGUUCAAAUCUAGUGGGGUGUCUGACAUCCUCAGCGAUCAAGCCGUUGAUAAGCAGAAGUUGGUUGAUGAUGUGAGACAAGCACUUUAUGCAUCCAAAAUAUGUAGUUAUGCUCAAGGAAUGAAUUUAAUCCGUGCCAAGAGCGUGGAGAAAGGGUGGGACCUAGAACUUGGGGAGCUAGCUAGGAUUUGGAAAGGGGGUUGUAUUAUCCGCGCUAUAUUCUUGGACCGCAUUAAGAAGGCAUACGAUAGGAAUGCUGGUCUUCCGAACCUUCUUGUGGACCCUGAGUUUGCAACGGAGAUAGUUGAGCGACAGUCUGCUUGGCGAAGAGUUGUGUGCCUUGCUAUAAACGCUGGCAUUAGCACUCCUGGUAUGUCUUCCAGUCUUGCUUAUUUUGAUACGUACAGGAGGGGACGGCUGCCUGCUAAUUUGGUCCAAGCUCAACGUGAUUACUUUGGUGCUCAUACUUAUGAGAGGGUUGAUGUGUCUGGUGCUUUCCAUACUGAAUGGUUCAAGCUCGCUAAAAGCUCAAAGAUUUGAUUUCUGUUUGGUUGUCUUUUACCAUCAAAUCAUUGGUGUUAAAGCUAAUAAGGUUCCUUUUUCAGACUGGAUAUGGAUAUACUCUAAUAUAUUGUGUGGUUUUGUCUUAGGUUAUUUUCAAAUUUGGGAAUCAUUAUUAUAUUUAUGUUUCUGUUGGAGGGUCUAUUCGGGAUAUCUUCACAGCUCUUUCUUUCUAUAAUGGGUUUAAUCCUAUCAGUGAUGUGAACUUCCAUAUAGACAUUCUCCUUGGAGUUGAGGAUCUAUUAAUGUUCAUGUAAUGAUUGUUGAAUUACGAAA